GGCGUCCGGCACGUGCAGCCGUUUAAGAGGCAUCGGUGCCUGCGAGGACCCCGGGAGAGCGAGCCGCCGAGAGCCACAGGCCUGGAAGCCGCCAUGGGAGAUGAGGAUUGGGAAGCAGAAAUCAUCAAGCCUCAGGUGUCGUCCUACGUUCCCGUCUUUGACAAGGAUAGAUACUCUUCUGGAGCAAAUGGAGACACCUUUAACAGGACUCCAGGUUCAUCAUCAGAAAUGGAUGAUGGACCUACUAGAAGAGAUCAUUUCAUGAGAAGCGGAUUUGGCUCUGGGAGAAGUUUGGGAAACAGAGAUGCUGGCGAGUCUAAUAAAAGGGAGAAUAUAUCUACAGUGGGUGGUUUUGGACUUGGAAAGAGUUUUGUCAACAGAGGUUUUUCAAAUAACAAGUCUGAAGAAGGUGAGAGCUCUGGUUUUGGGAGAGAGUCUAAUAAUGACUGUGAAGAUAAUCAGACACGGAACAGAGGGUUUUCCAAGAGAGGCGGCUAUCAAGAUGGAAAUGAUUGUGAAGCUUCAGCAUCCAGACGAGGUGGAAGAGGUAGUUUCAGAGGUUGCCGUGGAGGAUUUGGUCUUGGAAGUUCAAAUAGUGAAUUUGAACAGGAUGAGAGAGUACAGCGCACUGGUGGCCUUUUUGGUUCUCGAAGACCAGCAUUAAGUGAUGCAGGUAAUGGUGACACCUAUCCAAGCAGAGGUGGGAGUGGAAGUGGCCGAGGCGGUUACAAAGGUUUAAAUGAAGAAAUAAUAACAGGCUCUGGAAAGAAUUCUUGGAAAUCAGAAGCUGAAGGAGGAGAAAGUGGUGACACUCAAGGACCAAAAGUGACCUACAUACCACCUCCUCCACCUGAGGAUGAGGAUUCCAUCUUUGCACAUUAUCAGACAGGAAUAAACUUUGAUAAAUAUGAUACAAUUCUUGUAGAGGUGUCUGGACAUGAUGCACCACCAGCAAUUCUGACUUUUGAAGAAGCUAAUCUUUGUCAGACACUGAAUAAAAACAUUGCUAAAGCUGGUUAUACUAAGCUUACUCCUGUGCAGAAGUACAGUAUUCCUAUUAUAUUAGCUGGACGAGAUUUAAUGGCUUGUGCUCAAACAGGAUCUGGCAAGACUGCAGCUUUUCUCUUGCCUAUUUUGGCUCAUAUGAUGCGUGAUGGAAUAACUGCCAGUCGUUUUAAAGAACUGCAGGAACCAGAAUGCAUUAUUGUAGCACCAACUCGAGAAUUGAUCAAUCAGAUUUAUUUGGAGGCUCGAAAAUUUUCUUUUGGGACUUGUGUAAGAGCUGUUGUCAUAUAUGGGGGAACCCAGUUGGGGCAUUCAAUUCGACAAAUCGUACAAGGCUGUAAUAUAUUAUGUGCUACUCCUGGUAGAUUGAUGGACAUCAUAGGUAAAGAAAAGAUUGGUCUCAAGCAAGUCAGAUACCUAGUUUUGGAUGAAGCUGAUCGUAUGUUGGAUAUGGGUUUUGGACCAGAAAUGAAGAAGUUGAUUUCUUGCCCAGGAAUGCCUUCAAGGGAACAGCGUCAAACCCUAAUGUUUAGUGCAACUUUUCCAGAAGAAAUUCAAAGGUUGGCUGGUGAGUUUCUAAAGACAGAUUAUUUGUUUGUUGCUGUUGGACAAGUGGGUGGAGCAUGUAGAGAUGUUCAGCAGACCAUUCUCCAAGUUGGCCAGUACUCAAAAAGAGAGAAACUUGUUGAAAUUCUACGAAACAUAGGUGACGAACGGACUAUGGUUUUUGUUGAAACUAAGAAGAAAGCAGAUUUUAUUGCUACUUUUCUUUGUCAAGAAAAAAUUUCAACUACAAGUAUUCAUGGUGACCGGGAACAGAGAGAGAGAGAGCAAGCUCUUGGAGAUUUUCGCUGUGGAAAGUGCCCAGUUCUUGUUGCUACUUCAGUAGCUGCCAGGGGGCUAGAUAUUGAAAAUGUUCAGCAUGUUAUCAAUUUUGAUCUUCCUUCUACCAUUGAUGAAUAUGUUCACCGAAUUGGGCGUACUGGUCGGUGUGGAAAUACUGGCAGAGCGAUUUCUUUUUUCGAUCCUGAAUCAGAUAGCCAUUUAGCACAGCCGCUAGUGAAAGUACUGUCGGAUGCUCAACAGGAUGUUCCUGCGUGGUUGGAAGAAAUUGCCUUUAGUACAUAUGUUCCUGGCUUCAGUGGUAGUACAAGAGGAAACAUUUUUGCAUCAGUUGAUACUCGAAAGAGUAAGAGCACUUUGAACACAGGAGGAUUUUCUUCAUCACAGACUCCCAAUCCGGUAGAUGAUGAGUCAUGGGAUUAA